AUGCCCGGCGCACCCGGGCUCCGCGCCCUCUGGCUCUGCGCCGCGCUCUGCGCCUCCCCGUGCGCCCCCCAGCCUGGCCCGCGGCCCGCCUGCCCGGCCCCCUGCCGCUGCCACGAGGACGGCAGCACGCUGUCGGCCGACUGCUCCGAGCGCGGGCUCUCUGCGGUGCCGCCGGACCUGGACCCCCUGACGGCGUACCUAGACCUGAGCAUGAACAACCUCACGGAGCUCCGGCCUGGCCUCUUCCUCAACCUGCGCUUCCUGGAGGAGCUGCGUCUCUCUGGAAACUGCCUCUCGCACAUCCCGGGACAGGCGUUCUCUGGUCUCUACAGCCUGAAAAUCCUGAUGCUGCAGAACAACCUGCUGGGAGGGAUCCCCGCUGAGGCGCUGUGGGAACUGCGGAGCCUGCAGUCUCUGCGCCUCGAUGCCGACCUCGUCUCCCUGGUCCCAGACAGGAGCUUCGAGGGGCUGUCCCCCCUCCGCCACCUGUGGCUGGAUGACAGCGUGCUCACCGAGAUCCCCAUCAGGGCCCUUGGCAGUCUCCGCGCCCUGCAGGCCGUGACCCUGGCCCUGAACCGCAUAGGCCACAUCCCCGACUACGCCUUCCGGAACCUGUCCGGCCUCGUGGUGCCGCAUCUCCAUAACAACCACGUCCAGCAUCUGGGGACCCACAGCUUCGAGGGGCUGCACAACCUGGAGACUCUAGACCUGAAUUACAACCAGCUGCACGAGUUCCCCGUGGCCGUCCGGACGCUGGGCCGCCUGCAGGAACUGCUCUCCCGCUCAGGCCCGAGCCCUCCUCAGGACCCGGCGGCGCCCGUCCUGCUGGGCUCCUGUCGCGUGCAGGCCCGCGUGGUCCCCCGAGGUGGGGUGACCGCUGGGGGAAACCCCGGCAGAUCUCUGAAUGGUGCCACAGACAUCCAGGGGUUCCCAGAUCUCAAAGGCACCACCAGCCUGGAGAGCCUGACCCUGACCCGUGCGGGCCUCCGGCGGCUCCCCCCGGGGAUGUGCCAGCAGCUGCCCGGGCUCCGUGUCCUGGAGCUGUCUCACAACCGGAUCGAGGCGCUGCCUGGCCUGCACGGGUGUCAGAAGCUGGAGGAAAUCGGCCUCCAGCACAACCGCAUCUGGGAAAUCAGAGCUGACACCUUCCGCCAGCUGACCUCCCUGCAGGCCCUGGACCUGAGCCGGAACGCCAUCCGGUCCGUCCACCCCGAGGCUUUCGCGACCCUGCGCUCCCUGGUCAAGCUGGACCUGACAGACAACCAGCUGACCACACUGCCCCUGGCCGGGCUUGGGGGCCUGGUGCAUCUGAAGCUCCAAGGGAACUGGGCUCUGUCCCAGGCCUUCCCCAAGGACAGCUUCCCCAAACUGAGGACCCUGGAGGUGCCCUACGCCUACCAGUGCUGCCCCUACAGCGUCUGCCCCGGCUUCUUCAAGGCCUUGGGCCGACGGGCGCCCCAGGGCCCUCACCCUGAGGACCGCGACGCUCCCAAAAGGCCCCUGGGCCUCCUUGGCGGGCCAGCCGAGAGCCGCUAUGAUGUGGACCCGGACGAGCUCCAGCUGGAGAUGGGGGGCCCCAGGCCACACCCCACUGUCCAGUGCAGCCCUGUUCCGGGCCCCUUCAAGCCCUGCGAGCACCUCUUCGAGAGCUGGGGCGUCCGCCUGGCCGUGUGGGCCGUCGUGCUGCUCUCCGUGCUCUGCAAUGGGCUGGUGCUGUUGAGCCCGUCCGCAGCCGGGCCCGGCCCCCUGCCCCCGGUCAAGUUCGUGGUGGGCGCCAUCGCGGGGGCCAGCACCCUGACCGGCCUCUCCCGUGGCCUUCUCGCCUUGGUGGACGCGCUGACCUUCGGCCGGUUCGCGGAGUACGGCGCCCGCUGGGAGUCGGGCUCCGGCUGCCAGGCCGCGGGCUUCCUGGCCGUGCUGGGCUCCGAGGCCUCCGUGCGGGCCCGUGGGAAGGCGCCGGCCCCGGGCAGCUUGCGCGCGGGGGCCCUGGGCUGCCUGGUGCUGGCGGGGCCGGCGGCCGCCCUGCCGCCGGCCUCCGUGGGUGAGUACGGGGCCCCCCCGCUCUGCCUGCCGUACGCCCCGCCCGACGGCCGGCCGGCCGCCCUGGGCUUCGCCGCGGCGCUGGUGGUGCUGAACACCUCCUGCUUGCUGGCGGUGGCCGCAGCCCCCGUCAGGCUCUCCUGCGACCCGCCCGGGCCCGAGCUGGAGGCCGCGUGGGACGGCGCCGCCGUGCGCCGCGUGGCCUGUCUCACCUUCGCCGACGGGCCCCUCUUCUGCCCCGUGGCCUCCCUGAGCCUGGCGUCCGCGCUGGGCCCCCUCCCCGUCAGCCCCGAGGCCGUCGAGCCCGUGCUGCCGCUGGUGCCGCCGCUGUCCGCCUGCCUCGACGCCCUGCUCUGCCUGCUCUUCAGCCCCCACUUCCGGGCGGACCUGCGGCGGCUGCGGCCCUGCCCGGGGGUCCCGGGGCCCCUCGCCCUGGCGGCCGCCGGCCAGCUGGAGCCGAGCUCCUGCGACUCCACCCAGGCCCUGGUGGCCUUCUCGGACGUGGGGCUCGUCCUGGAGGCCCCCGAGGCGGGCCCGCCCCCCGGGCUGGAGGCCUGCGGCCUCACCUCCGUGACCCUCGCCCCCUGCCAGCAGCCCGGGGGCUCCCGGCCGGAGGGCAGCCACUUUGCGGAGCCAGAGGGAACCCGCUUUGGGAACCGGCCACCCGCCGUGGACGGCGGACAGCCGCCGGGGGCCGAGGGGGCCGUGCCGGCGGCGGGGGGCCGGGCGGGGGCCUCACGCUUGUAA